AUGGCACCUCGAGUGCUUCUCUUUGCCGGAGCACCUCCCGCAUCAUCUCUAAAUGCUGAGUCCUGUACGAUAAACGACCUCGAUGAUGGAUUCGCCGAGUUUCUGGGGCUCAUCCCCCGUAGACGGAUACAGACACGAGUCACGCCAUCAUCAACGUCGCAGAUUGCCUGGCGCUCUCUGCCCCUGACGAGACAGCCGCUGCAUACGGGGUUUAGCCAGAGGCAUGAUAUCAGUAUCGGCGAGCAUGCGUUGGCAAGCCAGUCUGAUUUCUUCACCACGGCUGAUGUUUCUUUUAACGGAGUGGCAGAGUCCUUUGGUGGAACCGAUCCAGAAGAUGUGUUGUCACAAUUCUACGAUCAUUCUUUGGCCGUGCACAAUUCGAUUCCUUCAUCACAACUCGACAGUUUCGAAGAAACCUCUUUCAUGACUGUAUCUUCUACAGGGAAACCCACAAUAAUAGCGCCUGUCCCAUCUCAUCUCUCAGACCUAGAAGAUGUCCCACCCGCCCCCAGGAUCCUAGCUCUCAACCCCCAAACUGUCACCCUCAAUCUGAUAGUGGGUAUCAUAUCCAUCGCACAACCCCGGAGUGUCACAACCCGCUGGGGUCGGACCCUAUCUCUGGUUGAAAUUCUCGUCGGCGAUGAUACAAAGUCUGGAUUCGCCGUGACAUUCUGGCUCGAUCGCGAGAACGCGGCCACGGCGGAGAUUAGCAGUCUGCGACGACAGGACGUGGUCUUGAUGCAGAAUGUCGCUCUUCACGUUUUCAGGGGCAAAGUGUACGGUCAGAGUCUUCGCAAAGGCAUGACCAAGGUGACUCUCUUAUGGAGAAGGGAAGGAUCUGGACUUUACACAACUCGCGAUCUGGCUAAACGGGGUCAAGUACAUCCGCAACUGGCCAAGACAAAGCAGGUCAAGGACUGGGUUCUCAAGUUUGUGGGAGCCCACGUCGGAGUGAGAACCAGAGCCAGAACAGCACGAGUUUCAUGGGACAAACCACCAGACGACACGCAGUAA